AUGACACCUACAACUUUCACAGUGUUGUUGUACUUCAACGACACCAUUUUGACUGAAGAAAACUACUCUGAAACAUACAUUAGCUCUCAAACGGCUUGGGUGAUCAUAACAAACACAAUGACUAUGGUCGAAGUGAAGCAAACUAUUCUCAACCACUUCAACAUGUCAACAGUAAACGAAUAUGAAGUCGACUUACAAUACAGGUUACCAAUUUUCAUAUCUGCCACCACUGCACAUUAUAGAUCAUGUAAGAUAUUUGUAGAUGACAAUGUUGAGACAUUAUUUUUAAUGGCAACAGAACAUGUUACAGAAGUUCAUGUUGAGAUCAUGGCAUUUAUUACAAAAAUGCACCAAAGCGCAAUCCCGUCUGAAGUUUAUUAUGAUUUGGCUAAUAACUUCAACUAG